AGAGCGGCAGCGAGCACCGUGCUGACGGCCCCGCCGUGCUGGCACCCAGGACCUACGAGAAGGCAAAGCAAACACGGCCUCGCCUUGCUCCCUGCAGGUACCCAGCAUGGAGGGCAGGGAGGAGGCGGGUGACUCCGACAGCGGGAUCAUGCUGCACUCGGGCCCCGGCAGCCCCACAGCCCCGCUGAAGGAGUUGGCACAGCGGGUGCGCAGGCAGCAGCAGGCACUGGAGCUGUGUGUGCAGGAGCUGCGGCGGCUCUGCCUGCGUGAGGCGGAGCUGACGGGGACGCUGCCCCAAGAGUUCCCCCUGAAGGCCGGUGAGAAGCCCCCCAAAGUGCGGCGCAGGAUCGGGGCCGCCUUCAAGCUGGAUGAGAGCCUGGUGCUGCGUGGGACGGACCCACUGGGAGCCCUGGAGAGGGACCUGGCGCUGCAGAUGCAGAUUGCCAGAGCUGCACAUCGCCUGUGCCGGGAGGAGAACAUCAGCAAACAGCUGCGCCGCAGGAGGAAGACGGCGGCACUGAAGGAGGAGCAGAAGCUGAAGGCGCUGGAGGACACCCUGCUGGCCGAGCGCCGGGCCAUGUCUGCUGGUGGCGCUGGGGGGGCUCAGGAGCUCAGCGCGUCGGAUGAGAGCUCGCUGUCGGAUGCUGCGCUGCUGGAGGAGGAGGAGGCACAGCCGAUGGGAGCCGGCACCCCGCAGCGCCUUCCAUCCCCGUGCCCGUGGCCCCGUUUGGCCUCCGAGGAGCAGAGUGAGGGUCUGGGGUGCCCCUCUGCACCCCCCGGCCCCUGGAGAGAGACCAGCCUCGAUGGACCCUAUGGGAAGGCCAAGAACAUCAGUGCUGAGCCUGGGGAUGGGGAAACCCGCGGGCCGCGGUGCUGCCCCACAUCCCCACCUGCUGUCGCCGCUGUCCCCGUCAGCCCUGAGCGCAGGGCUGGGGAUGUGGCCCCGUAUCGCUUCAUCCCCGUCCGGAGUGUGGUGCUGUGCCGGCAGAUGGGAUCCAGCGCUCCCAGCACCCCAGAGCCAGCGAUCCGACGUGGACAGUGCCAGUCCCUGAGGGUGGAUGCACGCUGGGAGCCGGGUGAGAUGCGGGGCCGCAGCACCGCUCCCCGCCGCCGCCCCACACACUACACGGUGACGGUGCCCCCCUCCUGCCCGCCGGCCCCCAGCCCCACACCGCGCUCCGGCUCCGACGACAGCAUCUCCGACGUCUCCAGCGUCUCCCACGCCACCUCCCCGGGCAGCAGCAGCCCCGACGUCUCCUUCCCACGUCCUCCAGCCCCACCACAUGGCACCGAACCCACUUUCUACCCCCGUGGUGCCCCCCAGCUCCUGCCGCCCCCCGGCCCCCCGGUGUUCCUCUAUGAGCAGGACCUGGCCCCGCUGCGCUACCAACGCCUGGUGCCCUCACACAGCCGCAUCGUGCGCACCCCCUCGCUCAAGGACUACGUGCCGGGGGGGUCCCGUGGGCUCUCCAAAGCGGUGGUGACAGAGGAGCUCAAAUCGUGGCACCAACGCGCCCGGCUGCGGGGAGCCCGGCCCCAUUCCCUCGACAGACAGGGGGCCUUCCGGGGACACCGCUGCGCGACCCCCCAGGAUGGGCCCCCCCUCCGUGGGGCACCGCUGCGGGCUCAGGCGGCCCCGAUCCGCAUCCUGCGGCGCUCCCCUCCCGGCGUGCCCGUGCAGGUCUACGUGCCUGAGAACGGCGAGAUCAUCACACAGGUGUGAGGCGGCCCCCAACCCCACGGGGCACGGCCUGGCUGGCCCAGGGCAAUGGGGAGAGUGGGGACACAGCCGUCACGCACCCCUGUGGGCAUGGGGACGAAGGGGGGGGGGGGGGGCACAGCUGUGGGUUGGGGUGGGCAGGGCUGGCUCCUUACACUGUCCCAUGUCACCAGUGACCCCUAAAGGGUCUGCAGUGCAGAUGUGUCAUAAUCGGGUAUCUUUUUUUUGCCUAAUAAACGUGGUCAUUUGGGAUC